AAUGGAGAUGAAGAUGUCUGCCGUGUACAUCCCUGAUGAGUAUAGAACUCCCGAAGACAGGUGAAGCGUUUGGCAUACGGUAAACGCUUUUCAUAGUAAAGGUAGCUGAGGAUUGUUCUCUAGAGUGUAGAGAUGAGUGGGGCAGGCCGUCUGAAAUUCAUUAAUUCUGUCUGGGAAGAGCGAGCAGUGUGAAGACCCUGCCUGGGAAGGCGUGCACACAAGGGAGGGCCGAGGGCCUGCGCGGGGGCUGUAAACAGGGGCGGGCUGUUGUCGCUGUGCUGUGUCGGCUCCCACCGCUGCGAGAGACUGUGUUCCUGGAUGUCACCAGCGCCCGCACAGAUAGGGACCUGCUUCGAAGUGCGUGUGCGUGUCAUGGCUUAAAAAUAGCUGCGAUCCACCUGCGCGCCAGGGCGGCGGCGCAGCGGCGGGGGCCGCGAGGAAGCCAUGGGCAGCGGGCUGCGGGAGCCCGCAGACCACCUCGGGAUCUGAGACCCUCACGACAAAGAGGAGGAACAGUCCCGAGGACAGCAGCUCCCUGCUUCUGCUCUUCCUCCAUCAUCCCUUAGGCAGGAGAAUCUAUUCUGGAAACGGUUGCUGGGCGGAGAGGAUGGGUCUCUGAGCCCCAGGAGGAGAGAAGGACUCGUCGUUUGCUAGUCGCGAUCCCACUGCCCCUGUUUGUGCAACAGCUACCUGGCCACCGAGGCCAUCAUCGCUGAAGCCACCCCACAGCAGCCCUAGUUCCUGCCACCUUGAAGAUGUGCCCCGGUAACGGGCUGUGGGCCUCCAUGACUUUUAUGGCCCGAUUCUCCCGAGGCAGCUCAAGGUCCCCUGUUCGUGCCCGAGGAAGCCUGGAGGAGAUGCCAGCUGUUCACCAUCCCUUCCUCAACGUCUUUGAGUUGGAGAGGCUCCUCUACACGGGCAAGACAGCCUGUAACCAUGCCGAUGAGGUCUGGCCUGGCCUCUACCUCGGAGACCAGGACAUGGCCAACAACCGCCGUGAGCUCCGGCGCCUGGGCAUUACCCAUGUCCUCAAUGCCUCGCACAGCAGGUGGCGAGGCACCCCUGAGGCCUACGAGGGACUGGGCAUUCGCUACCUGGGUGUCGAGGCCCACGACUCGCCAGCCUUUGACAUGAGCAUCCAUUUUCAGACCGCUGCGGACUUCAUCCAUCGGGCUCUGAGCCAGCCAGGAGGGAAGAUCCUGGUGCACUGUGCUGUGGGAGUGAGCAGAUCUGCCACCCUGGUGCUGGCCUACCUCAUGCUGUAUCACCGCUUCACCCUGGUGGAGGCCAUCAAGAAAGUCAAGGACCACCGAGGCAUCAUCCCCAACCGGGGCUUCUUGAGGCAGCUCCUAGCCCUGGACCGGAGGCUGCGGCAGGGUCUAGAGGCAUGAGGAGAAGGAGAUCAGGGCCAGGUCCCUGGGUGGUUUCCUGGCUCCCGGCUGGGAAGAGGAAGCCCAGGGGGCAGGUGGUAGGAAGGCCAGACAAUCCAUCUUCUCACAGUGACAGGAGAGUGAAGGGCCCCCGAGGCCACUGUGGCUUUUUGUGGAUGGGGAUGGACAGCCAGGCUGGGCAGUGUGGUGAGUGGGGGAAGAAAGCAGCUGGGCUUAAGUAGAAGAUGACACUGUGAUUAGAAAAGCACCAGAUUCCAGAGGGGGCGCUCAACGGCUCGGAAUCCCUUCCUCUCAUUGUGUUCAAGUGUUCCCUUCUCUCACUUCCCAAACCAGAGGACCAGUGCUGUGUAGUGUCUGAGCAGCGUGGGGGGAGGGGGGUGUCAGGAAUGCAGCAGCACAGAUGCGAAAGAAGAUGUGCAGGUGGCAGAAAACCACAGAGUCGGUGAUGGGGUGGUGUAAACGCUGCAGAGCCAGAGGGAGACACCUACAGGUGUGCAUCUCCAGGAAGAGGAGGAAGUGUGUGAGGACUGACAUGACCCCCUAGGGGAGCUGCUCAGGGUCAAGGGAGUGACACCAGUGAAUGACUGGGAGUCUUCAGGCGGUCAUAUUCUCACCGAAAACCAUGUGUCUGGAGUAACAAUAAAGAGGUGAAAAAGA